UGACAGCAUGACGGGAAAUGUGCGGCUCCUUGUAUCCUGAAUUAAGCGCUUCAAAAUAAUCAAUCCCAUUUAUCACAAUAAAGAUGCUUAUAAUUCCUUUUUGCUUGCAUUUCGCUGCGUUUGAAUCUUUGUAGUGCUUGGUGCGGCAUAGUAUCCUCACAGAAGAAUCAGAAGAUCAGAAAAUGGUUCUGAUCAAUCAUCGGUUGUUGUCUCAUCUUUAAUUUUUCAUGAUAAUUAUGGCUGCCGAUAACGAAGCAAUUUUUCAGUAUUACACCAUCAUAAACCAAGAUGAGAUUCCGCAAACUGAAGGAAAUACUGAUCAGCAGCUUGUCCUCUUGACCAUUGACCCAGAUCCUUUCCUGAUCAAUGGAGAAUCUAAUGUUAAUCCAGCCGCCACUUUAGAUUUUACAGCAAGUGGGGCCUCCAGUGAACUGCAGGGAUAUGAAGAAAAUCAGGCUCUGCAAACAAUUCCCGUUAAGAUUAUUACUGUACAAGAUGGAACAGUUUUCAUGGCAUCCGAGGAUGAACCCCUUGAAACUAUAGAGCCACAUCUAAUAACUGGGGGUUAUGAGGAAUCAACAAGUCAGGAGGUAAAUUAUAUGGAACCCAAGAUGGAACAAGACACAAAUGAAAAUGAAGAGCAAGAUACUGAAGAUGAGCCACUAUAUAGCAAUCUAGAUAAUGAUGGUCAGUGCAACCUAUUUCAAAUAAUCGACGAUAAUAACUGCACCCAGCUAUUUCAAUUCUUCUGUGAUGAUGAGAACAAGUCCGAGGACGAAUCCGAAGACGUUCAGGUGCCGCCGGAAAAAGAGAAGCCGUUUUUGUGCGUAUACGAAGGAUGCGACAGGGCGUAUACAGCACUGAAUUACUUGAAUGUUCAUAUGAGGACUCAUCACAUAAACCACAAGCCGUACAAGUGCAAAGAAAAAGGCUGCAAGAAAAGAUUUGCGACAAAUUAUUCGUUGAAAGCCCACACGCGCACUCACACCGGAGAGAAGCCUUAUGGUUGCUACAUGUGCAUGAAAAGCUUCAAGACGUCUGGAGAUCUGGCAAAGCAUGUUAGGAUCCAUACAGGUGAAAAGCCGUUUGUGUGUCCGGUGGAAGACUGUGGUAGAUCGUUUACCACGUCCAACAUCAGAAAAAUCCACAUAAGAUCGCAUACGGGCGAGCGACCUUUCGUUUGCAAACACGAGAAUUGCGGUAAAGCGUUUGCCUCGUUGACAAACUACAAAAACCACGUGAGGAUUCAUACGGGAGAAAAGCCGUUCAUAUGCAGCAUUGAGGGUUGUGAGAAAAGAUUCACAGAAUACUCUUCGCUGUACAAACAUCAAACCGUCCACCAAACGGAACGGCCUGUAUCGUGUUGCUAUUGCAGCCAAACAUUUAAACAGGUAUCCAGCAUGAAUCUCCACAAGAGACUGAAACACAACCUGGUGAUAUGUAGAGAUGGCACAGCUGUGGUCAUUGAUAUAUAAAGUAGCCCUUGUCAUAAGGAAGAAUGAUUUAAUGCUGGAAUAUUAGAUGUACUGGAAAGUUCUGUCCAUUUUCAACUCGAAGGAAAAUAAGAAGUGUUCAUACCUUGGUGAAAGUUUAAUGAAUAAUAUGAGGUCCUUCGCAUUUAUCAUCUCAUGAUAUGGAAAAAGUUAAAGGAUCAAGUAAAAAUUGUAAGUUUUCAGUGAUUCUUCGAAGUGCUAUCUCAGUAAAGACUAGUCGUAUUGAGGUUCUAAGAGUCAAACAUUGUUUUUUACGGAAGUGUGAUUAAAAAGUGCAUCUUUUAUACCCUUAUUUAGGUCCAUGGAUUUGGAAAAGGUUUUUCCGUUUAACGAUAACCUGCCUAUUCAACUUCAAUUUUCAAAAGCUUGAUACUACCAUUUCUUGUCGAGAUAUCGAAUUUUUAAUAAAAAGAUACCCCCUUGGCUAUGAUCAUCGAUAUAUCCCAAAAACCAAUCCUGGUACAGAAAAUUUAAUUUUCUAACUGGAUCAAUGAUCGUCAUCGGAAAAACUGUUUUCCGUCCUUCAGAUGCACUGGAAAAGCAGGGAAAAGAUGAUUUUAUGGAAAAACCAAGUGCUAGAUGGCAAAUAUUGACAAAAUGUUGAACAGACUUAUGCAGCUCCAUGUACUCACAAUAAUCCUGCAGUUUCUUUUUUUUGUUCAAAAAUCAAAAAUUUGGAAAGUCAAAGCCAAAAGCUUUAAAAUUGAAAGCACCUGUUUUGGUCUUUUUCCACAUUUUUCUUACAAAAAGCCUAAACAAAUUAACAAGACUAUAUUUCAAUAAUUUGAACGCUUUUUGUGAAGAAAAUGUGUAAAAUGUUCAAAAUAAAUCUUCCUUUUAACGUUUUUAUCAGGUAUAAACGUGAUCCUUCAAUUUUGAAGGUUCAAAACGUCUGGGUAGAUCUAAGUGAAAUUUUUAGUUUCCCAAAAAAAAAAACAUGAAUUACCCCUUUUUCCUACUCUUUUUCCAGCCGAUACGAAAGAAAUAUUUCAUAAAUUAUCAUUGAUCCACUUAGAGAAUCCAUUCCUUAGAAAUCACUCUUAGAUUUUCUAUAUUAUUUAUUGUUUCCUGAGAUAUCGAUAAUUAAAGCCAAAAUGGUUCUUUUUUUAAGUUCAGUAUCUCAACAAGAAAUGGUCGUAUCGAGGUUUUGGAAAAAGCAAAUUGAGGCAAAAUAAACAGAGUUCAUUCAAUCAUAUAAAAAAAAUUGCAAUUUUUUUCCUCACAAUCUUGCCUGAUAUGUGGAAUCUGCACUUCAAAAAUUGUUUGACUGAUAGAUCCAAAAACUAGACAUUUAAAGCUUUAACAUGCUUCACAUAGAACCUCAAUACAACACCUUGAAGAAUCCCAAAAAAAUAUACAAAUUUAAUCUCUUAAUUUUCCCAUUAGUCUUUAUUCAAUUUCUACAAAAUCUUUUGAAUUUUUUACCCAACAGAAAAUCUUCUAGUGAUAAAAAUAUGUGGUACUACGUCUGGAGGGUAUGGGAGAUGUGAUAGAAUUUCGUUUUGUCGUUCGAUUUCGUCUUCAUUUUUGAAUUUUUUAUUCAACAGAAAAUCUUGUAACGAUAAAAAUAAGUGGUACUAGGUCUGGAGGAUGUGAUAGAAUUUCCUCAUCUAGCUCUGCUAUUUUUUGGCUGGACUGCAAAGCAUUGCUGCCCUUUAAGUUUGUUUACAGUGCUUUUCAAAGGUCCAUGUCUCGUACUAUUUUUUUUAACAAGCCAAUUUCGCAGUUUGGAAUUUGCUGUGGUGAUAUGCAUGCAUGAAUACUAUAUUUUAAAAUAAAAAUAAUUGUUUGAAAUUUAACAGUUCAUCAAAUUCAUCAGUUAGAAUACAACUAGUAUAUAUCUUUUGUAAAUAUGUGAAUAGUUUAUUUAUUGACUUUGAUUGUGUUGUGAUUUGUACUAUUUUUAAUAAAGUAUCCC